CCCCUGACCCUGCGCGGCGGCGGAGGUGGAGGCAGCGGCAGCGCUUGCUGCCCGUUUCCUGCUGGCCUGGCGGCGGCUGGUGCCGCUGCAGCAGCCCUGGGCGAGCGGGAGAAUGCGGCGCAGGUCUCGGAUGCUGGUCUGCUUCGCUUUCCUCUGGGUGCUGGGCAUCGCCUACUACAUGUACUCCGGGGGGAACGCCGCGCUCGCCGGAGGCGGCAGGAAGGAAGACCCAAAUAACAUUAAUGCAUUAAAAAAGAAAGAGCAACACAGUAGCAAUGGGGAUGAAAAGUCACAAAGCAUGGAGACCCUACCUCCAGGAAAAGUUAGGUGGCAAGACUUUGAUCAAGAAGCUUAUGUUGGGGUUACUAUGGUCAGAGCUGGACAAGACCCAUAUGCCCGUAAUAAGUUUAAUCAAGUGGAGAGUGAUAAACUGCGAAUGGACAGAAGUGUUCCAGAUACAAGACAUGAUCAGUGUCAGCGGAAACAGUGGCGGAUGAAUUUGCCAGCUACUAGUGUGGUAAUCACCUUUCACAAUGAGGCAAGGUCAGCUCUGCUUCGAACAGUUGUCAGUGUUCUCAAAAAAAGUCCAUCACAUCUUAUCAAGGAAAUCAUAUUGGUAGAUGAUUACAGUAACGAUCCUGAGGAUGGUGCACUCCUGGGUAAGAUUGAAAAAGUGCGGAUACUUAGAAAUGAUCGCCGGGAAGGUUUGAUGCGCUCUCGUGUCCGAGGGGCAGAUGCAGCACAAGCUAAAGUACUGACGUUCUUGGAUAGUCAUUGUGAAUGCAAUGAGCACUGGUUGGAACCUCUUCUGGAGAGAGUAGCUGAGGACAAGACCAGAGUUGUGUCUCCCAUAAUUGAUGUAAUUAAUAUGGACAACUUCCAGUAUGUGGGGGCGUCAGCUGAUUUAAAAGGCGGCUUUGAUUGGAAUUUGGUAUUCAAAUGGGAUUACAUGACUCCUGAGCAAAGAAGAGCACGGCAAGGAAAUCCAGUUGCUCCCAUAAAAACACCAAUGAUUGCUGGCGGACUCUUUGUGAUGGACAAACUUUAUUUUGAAGAGUUAGGAAAGUAUGAUAUGAUGAUGGAUGUAUGGGGUGGAGAGAAUCUAGAGAUUUCAUUCCGUGUGUGGCAGUGUGGUGGGAGCCUUGAAAUAAUCCCAUGCAGCAGGGUUGGCCAUGUGUUUCGCAAGCAACAUCCUUACACCUUCCCAGGAGGAAGCGGUACUGUUUUUGCAAGGAAUACACGUAGGGCAGCAGAAGUCUGGAUGGAUGAAUACAAAAAUUUCUAUUAUGCAGCAGUGCCUUCAGCCAGAAAUGUACCUUAUGGCAAUAUUCAAAGCCGAACAGAGCUGAGAAAGAGACUAAACUGCAAACCAUUCAAGUGGUAUCUUGAAAAUGUAUACCCUGAGUUAAGGGUACCUGAUCACCAAGAUAUAGCCUUUGGCGCCUUGCAGCAAGGUACCAAUUGCCUCGACACUUUAGGCCAUUUUGCAGAUGGCGUUGUCGGCGUUUAUGAAUGUCAUAAUGCUGGGGGGAACCAGGAAUGGGCCUUAACAAAGGACAAGUCAGUAAAACACAUGGAUUUGUGCCUUACUGUUGUAGACCGAAAUCCUGGCUCACUCAUAAAGCUUCAGGCCUGCAGGGAAAACGACAGUAGACAGAAAUGGGAACAAAUCGAAAGCAAUGCCAAACUGAGGCAUGUCGGCAGCAACCUGUGUUUAGAUAGUCGAAAUGCCAAAAAUGGUGGUCUGACUGUUGAAGUCUGUAGUCCUUCACUAUCACAGCAGUGGAAGUUCACACUUAAUCUACAGCAGUAGAAGGGCUUGCACACAAGUACUGUCUCAUUUCCUAAACCUUGGGCAACAGUUUAAUGAUUACAUUACUGAUACUUUAUAUACCUCAGUAUUCCAUCUUUGUCUGAAAGUAGGCGGCAACAACUAAAGUGAACUAAAGGGAAGCAAGUGAACUGGGGACCUUGCCAUUGUCUGAUCGAAUAUAGCUGCAGCACGACUCACUCCUUUCCACCAUAAAGGCUUAUCAGUUCCUUUCCAGCUUCAAGCUAGUACUUACACAGCAGAUGAUUAACAUCCCCAGAAACAGAUGUACAGUAGAAAACGGCUUUCAACACAUGGGGGCAGCGGGGUAGUGUGGGGGAGGGAAUGGUUGGGAGGGAAGCAAAUUGCUUGGAGAAGAUCAUUGGCAAUCUCCAUUUACAUUGAAAUCAGUGUUUUGUGCUUUCCAAGAAUCAAAGCAUCAUUUUGAGGGUUUUGCCAUGUGUACUUGGUAUAUUUGACCUUGGACUUUUCUAUGACAGGACUCUAAAUAUAAAUAUAUAUAUAUAUAUAUAUAGUCAAUUUCCAACUUUCUAUAAAUUUUUCAUCAUCCUGUAAUUUAUCAAGAAAGCAAUUUACACUUCACUGGAAAGUGGAUGGGACAGUUGCAGAAGAACACCACUUUGUGAAGAUGCAGGCUUCUGCUGCUGAGUCGUGUUCAUGCAAACACUGGAUGCUUCUGAUUCGCAAAGUGUGCCCUUUUGUUGCGCUUCCUUCUCCUGGGAAACCUCGGACCUCUGGGCUCACACGCUUCAUCUCACCAGCAUUGUCACCUCCAGUUGGGGAAUUCAUGCCAUGUGCUCUGGAUAUCUGUAAACCUGGUAUUUGUGUUGGACAAUUCUAGACACUUUGUCUUUAAACUAGUUCUUUCUUUUUUGAGUAAUGCAGCUAUGAGGGUUUA